UUAUUAUUCUCCCCACUUGAUUGCGAGAGAGAGAUAAAGGUCGAGAAGGUCUUUUCAUCUUCCUUGAUCCUCAUCGUUUCGCCUCUCUCCCAGAAUGCUCAUCAGAAACAAUAAUCUCCUUUUUGUCUCCAUGAUGUGCUUUCUCUUCUAAUCUCCGGCGAAAGAGACUUCAAAACAGAGGACAGAGAGAAGCUAAUCUAUGGCCGCCGCUAUGACCGAGAAGGAAGCUAUGGUGGAUCCUUUCCUGGUCGAAGCUCUCCAGAACCCUCGUCACCGUCUCACCAUUCUGCGUAUGGAGCUCGACAUUCAAAAGUUAUUCCAAAACCCUGACCAGCUUCAGUUCGAGUUCCAACCCUUUCCAACGUCUUACCUCCGUCUCGCCGCACACCGAGUCGCUCAGCAUUACGGACUAACGACUAUGUCUUUGGAGAACGGUAACGGUUCUCUAGACGGAUCCGACAACAGAAUCUUGGUGACUAAGACAUCCGAGAGCAGGUUUCCUCACGUCUGCUUAUCAGAAAUCCCCGUUAAGCAGCCUGAGAACGGUAGACCGGAGGGCUUCAAGAUUGCGAUCAAGGCUAGACCCAAGAGAGGAUCCGGGAGCGGAGGCAGCGGGUCUGGAGUGCAGCAGAAUCUUCUGAGAAGUGUUGAGGAGAGGAAAGAAGAGUAUGAUAAGGCCCGUGCUCGGAUCUUUAACAGUCCUAGUAGUUCCGACUCUGAAGAUUCUCCUCCUCUUGAAGGUGUAAACCGAAAUGAGAAUGACGUGGCGGUUAGUAAUAGCUCUGUUGAUGCUGGUGGUUCUCGGACUUCUAGAGUAGCUAUCAUCAGAGAUAGAGAGAAAGAUCGGUAUGAUCCGGAUUAUGACAGGAGCUAUGACAGAUAUGUAGCGGAUCCUGCCUACAGGUACGUUAGGGUCAUGCCGUCUGGUCAAAGCUUCAGUCCGAUGCCAAUGCAUAUGCCGUUUCACGAUGGAGGCUUCUUGCAGAUGCCUAGAGGUCAUCAAGCCAAUCUAAGCUACGGGCAUCCGGCUAUGGUUCCGUUUAUUAACAACCCGGGUGGUUACACACCGUGGCCAAACUUGCCUUCUAUGAACUAUGUGCAGUCGUUGAACCGUCCAGACUUCAGGCAUCCUUCUGCAAGCAAUCCCUGACGACAGUUUAGUGUUUUUGAGUACUUUCAAUGUGUCUGUAUUAAGAAAACAGAAUCUAUAGAUAUUUUAUUAGCAUUUAGGAGCUCUUUGUUAUGUUCAGAACACUGGCUGCUUCCUUCUUGUAUAACAAGACAUCUACUCUAUCUUUUGAAUCUCUUUUUCUUAAUUAUAUUUACCUUCAUCGAA